AUGAGUUUCUUCUUCAUAGUAGGUGGCAUAUUUGCCCUCUCUCUGGUUUUGGCUUUGGUUAGAAGGUUCAUCUAUCCUCGCCCCCUGCCCGGCAUACCAUAUGACAGAGAUGCAGCCCGGAGAAUUAUAGGAGAUUAUGGGAUUAUCGAUGGCAUCUACAAGGAGUUAUCAGAAUGGGUUUACCCCUUCACACGCCACCGAUCGCGUCAGCUUAAAUCGCCAAUUUAUCAGUACUUUCCGGGCCCCUUUUCGAAGCCUCACAUUGUGGUUUACGAUCCGCGGGAGACAGCCGAUAUCAUUAUGAGAAGAACGAGAGAAUUCGACCGAAGCAUGGAUGAUGGUAUCUUCCAAACGUUGCUCCCACAUUCCACUGUUUCAAAACCAGUAACUCCCGAAUGGAAAGUGCAGAGAAGAAUCUGGCAAGAUACCAUGCAUCCCACCUUUCUCAACGGCGUGGUCGCAAAGAAUAUUUACAACACUGCCAUGGAUCUGCGUAGGUUCUGGAAAAUUAGGUCCACGCACUCGGGUGGUCGUCCAAUUGAUAUUCAGAAAGACUUCUUCGAUGCGGCUCUUGAUGCGAUCUGGGUCGCUACAUUCGGACAACGACUCGGCCUAGUCAACUCCCAGAUCCAGGUGCUUGAAACCGGAAAGCAAUUUGAGGAUACAAAUUCUCAUGUAUACGACACUCUGGGAUACGCUAACGAGUUUGGCAAAUCACGGAAGAGUUUCUGGCCAGCGUUUGAUCGAUGGUGGACCUGGAGAAGCACCAAGUACCGCAACUACUUGAAGGUCAAAGAUGAAGCACUCGACCGCAUUCUUGCCGAUACCAUCGCACGCUUCAAGGGGACCAAAAACGAUUCUGACAGUACCGAAGAACAGGGCACGUGUACCAUGGACCUUGUACUUAGGAAAGCCAUACGUGCCGCUCAGAAGGCUGGGACUCCGGUACCGGAUCUAACUAAAAACGUAGAGAUGAGGGAUGAGCUCAUGCUUUUUAUAUUAAGUGGUCACGAAACAACAAACGUAACAUUACAAUGGUUCGUAAAGUUCAUGACCAACAACCAAGAAGCGCAGACGAAGCUCCGAGACGCCUUAAAAGCUGCUUUCCCCGGCGAUUCGCUCCCAGGAAUCACCGAGCUCCUGUCUGCUGAUAUACCGUAUCUUAGCGCGGCAAUCGAGGAGGGCCUUCGCUGCGCAGGUACGGUGGGCCCUCUCCUGCGCGUCACAACCAUGGACACCGAGAUCUUCGGCUAUAAGAUACCCGCCGGCAUAAGGGUAUCUGGCCUAGCGAUUUUAUCCUGGCUUCCGGAACCUAUAGCCGAGGAGAGACGCAGUUUAUCGAGCCAGGCCGCUUUCGAAAAGAGUGGUGGUGUCGAUUGGACAAGGACGCCAGCUGCGCAAGACCUUGAUAAAUAUAUUCCUGAGCGAUGGCUUAAGACAAACGAGGAUGGGAAGGAGACUUUCGACCCGAAUGUGCUUAUUCAUAACGCUUUUGGGGCCGGGAUAAGAGGUUGCUUUGGUAAACGGCUAGGAACGAUGGAGCUACGCAUCAUUGUUACCUUGAUCAUUAUGAGCUUCAAGUUUCUACCCGUCCCUGCAGAGCUCAACAGCUUUCACGUCAAUGAGCAGUUGCUGAGAGCUCCUCGGCAAUGCUACGUCAAGCUUGAAGCUGUUUGA